ACCGACAUACGAAUCGAGAAAGGAACCGUCGCCUCAGUCUCGCACAGGAAGCCCCACAGAACGCCAUUUUCAAGUGCUGAGAAUUUAAUCCAUUUCCUCCUUCAAUUAGCAACUAUUGUAGAGUUCAUGUACCCUGUUGGGCAGCCACCUGGUCCUCCUGGCCCACCCGGUCCCUCGGGUCCGGGUGGACCCCCAGGACCAGCUGGCCCCCCAGUGCCCCGACCCUUGUCCUUGCCGCCGGGACCCACAGCGGUCCCUGGCCCCAUCACUACCAUUGUACCGCAGGCCCCUGGUACGCCAGCUGUGGCAACGGGGACAGGCAUGACUGCCCUCUUACCGCCAGAACUUCCUAACACACCAGCUUUUGUAGCACCAAGAAGACCGAAUCUCGGGCGAGAAGGUCGACCUAUCACGUUGCGGGCCAAUCACUUCCAGAUCUCUAUGCCAAGAGGUUACAUUCACCACUAUGAUAUUAGUAUUACCCCUGAUAAAUGCCCGCGCAAGGUUAAUCGGGAAAUUAUUGAGACGAUGGUUCAUGCUUUCCCUAGAAUUUUUGGCACUCUAAAGCCUGUCUUUGAUGGGAGAAGCAAUUUAUACACCAGAGAUCCCCUGCCCAUUGGUAAUGAAAAAAUGGAGCUUGAGGUAACGUUACCAGGGGAAGGACGAGACAGGGUGUUCAAGGUAGCGAUGAAAUGGUUAGCACAAGUAAAUUUAUAUACGUUAGAAGAAGCAUUGGAGGGACGGACGAGAACCAUUCCUUAUGAUGCUAUACAAGCACUAGAUGUCGUUAUGCGUCAUCUGCCAUCCAUGACGUACACACCAGUGGGCAGGUCCUUCUUCUCUGCUCCUGAUGGCUAUUAUCACCCCUUGGGAGGUGGAAGGGAAGUGUGGUUUGGCUUCCAUCAAAGUGUAAGACCUUCACAGUGGAAGAUGAUGCUUAACAUUGACGUGUCAGCUACAGCAUUUUACAAGGCCCAGGCAGUAAUAGAGUUUAUGUGUGAAGUAUUAGAUAUUCGAGAAAUAGGUGAGCAGAGGAAGCCUCUAACAGAUUCCCAGCGUGUCAAGUUCACAAAAGAAAUUAAGGGUCUGAAGAUUGAGAUCACACACUGUGGUGCGAUGCGAAGAAAGUACAGGGUGUGUAAUGUCACAAGAAGACCAGCACAGAUGCAGUCGUUCCCAUUGCAGCUAGAGAAUGGUCAGACUGUGGAAUGUACUGUUGCAAAAUAUUUCCUUGACAAAUACAAAAUGAAACUCAGGUUCCCCCAUCUACCUUGCCUUCAGGUGGGACAAGAACACAAACACACAUACCUUCCUCUGGAAGUAUGCAACAUUGUACCUGGACAACGAUGCAUCAAGAAACUAACAGACAUGCAGACAUCUACCAUGAUCAAGGCAACAGCUAGAUCUGCACCGGAUAGGGAGAGAGAGAUCAACAAUCUGGUCCGAAAGGCGGACUUUAACAAUGACCCAUACAUGCAAGAAUUUGGUCUGACGAUCAGUACAGCUAUGAUGGAGGUCCGAGGCCGCGUACUCCCACCCCCAAAGCUCCAAUAUGGAGGGCGAACAAAGCAGCAAGCUCUGCCCAACCAGGGGGUGUGGGACAUGAGGGGGAAACAGUUCUUCACAGGGGUAGAAAUCCGCGUGUGGGCCGUUGCAUGCUUCGCCCCACAGCGCACAGUGAGAGAAGAUGCGCUGCGCAAUUUUACACAGCAACUACAAAAGAUUAGUAAUGAUGCUGGCAUGCCCAUCAUUGGCCAGCCGUGCUUCUGCAAGUAUGCCAACGGUCCUGACCAGGUAGAGCCCAUGUUCCGUUACCUGAAGAGCACAUUCACCGGUCUGCAGCUUGUAUGUGUUGUUCUACCAGGCAAAACUCCUGUCUAUGCUGAAGUGAAGCGUGUGGGUGACACGGUCUUAGGAAUGGCUACCCAAUGUGUCCAGGCCAAGAAUGUGAACAAAACCUCACCACAAACACUGUCCAACCUCUGUCUCAAAAUAAAUGUGAAGUUGGGAGGCAUCAACUCCAUUCUUGUUCCAGGCAUCAGACCAAAAGUGUUCAAUGAGCCUGUGAUCUUCCUGGGUGCUGAUGUAACUCAUCCACCAGCGGGUGAUAAUAAGAAGCCGUCCAUUGCAGCCGUAGUAGGAUCUAUGGAUGCUCAUCCAUCACGCUAUGCUGCAACUGUCCGGGUCCAGCAGCACAGACAGAAUGGAUCAACAACACAAGGCCAAAGUGCCAGUGACGGCUCGCGACCCAGACAACUGACUUUCGCGAGGACGGCACAUGACGAGGUGAUCCAGGAGCUCUCUUCUAUGGUGAAGGAGCUGCUCAUCCAGUUCUACAAGUCUACGCGGUUCAAGCCCAACAGGAUCAUCCUUUAUCGGGAUGGUGUGAGCGAGGGGCAAUUCCAAACCGUGCUCCAGCAUGAGCUGACUGCCAUGAGAGAGGCUUGCAUAAAGUUGGAAGCGGACUACAAGCCUGGUAUCACUUACAUUGCUGUGCAGAAGAGACAUCAUACGAGAUUGUUCUGUUCUGACAAGAAAGAACAGAGUGGCAAGAGUGGUAAUAUUCCUGCAGGUACAACUGUUGAUGUAGGUAUCACGCAUCCAACUGAGUUUGACUUCUACCUCUGCUCUCAUCAGGGUAUCCAGGGCACAAGUCGUCCCAGUCACUACCAUGUACUGUGGGAUGAUAACCACUUUGACAGUGAUGAGCUGCAGUGCCUGACUUACCAGUUGUGUCAUACAUAUGUAAGAUGUACACGAUCAGUCUCCAUACCUGCUCCAGCCUAUUAUGCUCACUUGGUAGCCUUCAGGGCUCGUUAUCAUCUCGUCGAAAAGGAGCAUGACAGUGGAGAGGGGUCACACCAAUCUGGCAACAGUGAGGAUCGCACACCAUCUGCCAUGGCAAGGGCAGUUACAGUGCAUGUCGACACAAACAGAGUCAUGUACUUUGCUUAACAUCUCUCCUUACCUAGUCUGCCUCAAGGUUCACAACAUCGUCAUGCAAGAAGUAGAGUCUGGUCUUAAAAGUGGGCUCGUUUGCAGAAGAACUCGUCGAUGGAUCCUCUUUAUUGUGGUUAAUUUUAAAUGAUAGAUGACCAUUUUAAGCUGAUUUUUUUUUUCUUCUUUUCUUUGACUGGUUUGGAACUUUCACAGAUUUUAUAUUUUGUUUUUAUGGUAUGAUGGAAAAAGAAAAUUUAUUUGAUGAUGGCCCAAAAUAAUUGCACAUGAUAUAAUGUGUGUAAAUAUUGAUCAUAAUGGGAUUUCCUAUCGGUGGUGUAGUAUGAAUUUGAACUUAAUUAUUAGCUCUAAAUUUAAAGAGCUCACCAUCUAUGUAAUAAUUUGGAAACCAACAACUGAAUUACUUUUAUUUCAUUUAUUUAUUCACAAUAAUAUUUCAGGGUGAAUUCAGUUAAUAAUUUCACCCUUAACACGAUCUGUGAAAUUUGCCAUUCUCUGUAAAACCAUUAAAAUGGUCACAUGUUGAAUGUUUAAGGAAGAUGGAAUCAUGUACCUGCUGAAAUGUACCUCAUGCCUCCCAUAGAUGUUGGCUUGUGUACCACAUGCGUUUGUUGCAUGCUGAGUCAGUGCAUGGUAGGUUCAUGUCUCUUUGUGCAUGCUCCAAAGCAUGGGGAUAACUUCUGUGACAGCAGCAUUAAGCUUGCAUUUUCAUUACAUCAAGUAACAUUGAAUUUUUAAGUGUACUGGUGUAUUUUGUAUGGAAUGCACUUGUGUGGUGCACAACUCUUUAACGAGUCAUAAUUUUGAUCACUAAUAUGUGCAGUCUGGUGAGUAGUGAUGGGGCUUUGUUAGUGGAAUGCGGAUAUUUAUGGAUUCGUGCUCAUUCUUUGUCAUUGGUAUUAUACAUAAUAUGAAUGAUUAGUAUGAUUUUUUAAAAGUUUUCAAUUGUUUAUUUUGUCAAAGUGUACAUUUUAAACUUCAUGACUACUGACCAAAGUGCAUGUAGGUGUUGUAUGGAUAAUGCCGGGAAAUCCAAAGCCACAGCGACAUGGGGUUUUAAUGAAUUAAGGUUUAAGGCUCCUGCAGUCAUUUUUUUUACUGCCAUUAAUGUUUUUAAUUUUAUUUUUAUUUUUAUUUUCUUUAUUAUCAUUUUUUAGAUAUGUAAAGGGUUUAAUAACCCUUGAACUCAUGUGUAUAUAACUGGAAGGGGCAUUGCACUUGCAUAAAGUUCAUAGAAUAUUAGAUCUGUGGAACAUUGUCCAAUGUUAAAAAAUGGUUAAUUAUUGUUAUCAGCAAAGCUAUCAUUACUCGGUGAUGUACAUAUAGAUACAAGUACUACCAUACAAUGCAAGUGUGAGUGUAGAGUACAAGGCAUGCCCCAUCCAUAUCAUAAGCACAUGGAUUUCCUAGUCUAAGACCACAACUUUUGAAUAUCACUGUUUGCCAUAGAAUGGAUGGGAAUACUUAGCAAUCAUCUACAACGGGGUAGUUUUAUUUGGGUGACAGUUUAGGUAGCAAACAAGAAGAAAAAGAAGGAAAUGAACAAAAUUAUAUCACCUGGUAUAAUCCCGGUGGUGUUCAGAGAAAUUGGUCUAGAAAUCAGACCUGCAGAUUUCUGCAGACUUCGCAGUGGUACUCAUCGUAGAAUACAUACGAUUGCUUCCAAGACAAGAAUAGUAACUGAGCAUGUUUUAGUUCAUUUUUUGUGUAACAAAUUCACUUACUUUCAAAAAGAGCAGCCUGGGCUUGGGUGCCAUAUAAUAGUAAUUUAUAGCUCAUGUGAUAAUAGCACGUGGCAGAUGGUGCAGCUACAUUCUAGUAUGACAACGCUCAGAGGCAACUGCACUACUCCGAGACCCUUCACGGAGCUCCAGUCUUCCCGAAUGUAGUUACCAAACCCCAGGGUAGAGAUAUUUAUAUUUGAUUUCCCCCUCUCCCUCCUACUGUUACUAACUGCUCUCACUAGAAGAGGUAAAGGGUCCAGCAAAGAAACUCCUUAAGAUUAGGCAUUUUAGAGGCAAUGAAUUACACAGACCUGCACGAAAUUAUUUAUUUAUAAUUUUUACUUUUUGCAGGGUAAUUAACUAUUCUUGCCCAUGGAUUUUUAGCUUUACUAUUACUGUUUCUCCAUCAUCACGAAAAGAUUGCAAUAAAAUGCUUAGUUCAAGUCAUGGUGAGUUCCAGGAAUUUAAUUCCACUGAUAAAGCUUUGGCUUGGUCCAGUUGGCUGUUUUUUCCUUUCCUUUUUUUUUUCUCUCUCUCUCUCUCAUUCUCUCUCCCCCCUGAAUUUAGUGCAUUUUCUUAUUGUAGUCAUUUUUUUAAUCUAAUAAAAAAAAAAAAAAUUGUGCAAAGCACAAUUAUUUUGCAAUUCUUUCCACAAAGUCUAAUUCUUUUUGUAUUAUAGUAGAUACUUGCAUUUUGGUACCAUAAUUUACAGGGGAAUAAAAUAGAGGUCCUUCUUUGUGUGGAUUUUAAAGCACAAAACGGCCAAUUGUGACCUGGGAAUGCUUGAUCUGUUUUUGUGUAUCAGUAGCAUCACGUCCACUGAAGAUCCAGUAGCGUGUCCUUGCAGUGUUCAAUUAACUAUUUCGUCCAGGUGUCAUGGGUGUUCUCCGGGUUGCCCAGUUUGUAAUAACCUCUUUAUUGUUAAAUAUCCGCUUAGUGCAUUUGUCCAGUGGUGCAUUAUCGUGUUCAUAUAGCUAUUGCAAGGUUAAUUAAUUCUGUGGUUUAUUGGCUUAAUGUAUAAAAGAAUUUAUAGUGGGAUUGCAUUAGGUUUUGAUGUUGGGAUGUAAACCUUGUCAUGUGACUUUUUUUUUUUUUUUCAGUAUUUUGUCAGUAAAGAUUUUUUUUUUAUUAGGUUUUGCAGUGACAAUAAUUCUUAUGUUGUGACAUAGUUUACUGCACUGCAUUUGUGAGCUGUUAACAGCCUCCUUGAGAUGCACCUUGCACCUGCUUCAAUGCUAUUAGUGUGCAUUAGUCGAGCAUUUAGAAUGGGUAACCCAGACCCUGAUGCCCUGAUAAUUUAGAAGGUGAGUUCAAUUUCUUCCAGGCUCUAUGCAAUAGUAGUCAUAGAGAUUGUAGCACUGUAAAAGAGUCCGUAUAUACAUAACAGUAUGCCCAUCGUCUGACUUUUGAUACACACAAAAAGUCGAGACAUUUGUGAAUGACCCCUUGCCAAUUUACUCUCUUCCCUUAAUUAAAAAAAAAAGAAUGUAGUUUUUAGGCAACUGAUAUCUGUGGGCUUGUGAAUGUUUAUAUGUUGUGCGUUUCUCUCUAGGACAGUUGGUCUUCGUGCCGCAUUUGGGCACUACUUUUUCACCAAGGGGAAAGUUGGAGUUCUGCUGUUUUUUAUUUUAUUUCUUAAAUAAUUUGGAUGUAACCAAAGAUUGAAAUGAUGUAGGAUGCAGAUAUACAGUACUUUUUCACAGAAUUGUAACACAGUAUUUUUCGUUUUUCUAUUUGAUCUAGGCAUUAACAGUAGAAUAGCAUUUAACUAGAUUUAAGGAAAAAAAUGUGGGUGAAACACAAAUUGUGUGUGAUUAAUGUAACACAGCUAUUGUGGCACUUUUAAAAGAUGACACUUUCAGAAUCAGUUGAAAAUUUACGGAUUGACUUGCUUUCCUUAGAUUGCAUAUUUGAUGUUUGAAUUGUGGUUAUGGAGCAUACAAGUCAUUGCUUGAUUACCUUAAUGGAGCCUAGAUGUAGCUGAUGUAACAGAUUUCAUUAUUUCUUUUUUUCAUUUUAUAUAUAUAUAUAUACACACUUAGCAGUAGCAUGUCUUAAUGCGAUACCAAUUUAUUGAUUACUGGUAAAUGAUAGACUAUUGUGAAUUUUUUUUUCUCUUUUUUCUUCUUUUUCUAAUUUGACAGUAAAGCUGUUAAAAAGGAUAAAAGUAAAAAGACCAAAAAAUGAAUGAUUAGAGACAUCCAGUAUUCUGGUAAUCACAGUAGACUGUUAUUGCAUUGCCAUUAUUUUCUCGUCGCUUCUUGUAGGAAGGCCCCACCACACCCUCAAGCUAUAGUUUGAAAUUUGUAAUAUAUAUUUAUAUAUAUACAUGUUUUGAAUAUGAGUGAACACAUCUGUUGGUGAAUGCUUUAUAAGAGACCUAUAACUGUGUUUGGGUGUGUUUUAUGGAUGUUUGCAUAUAUGUAUACAUAUAUAUAUAUAUAUAUGUAUUUAUAUUUGAUGACAUUGUCCACUGUGAGUUAUUUACUUGAUGGCUGGCAGUCAAUGUCAUUGGAGUCUGCUACUUGAGAAAUCUUAAAACACUUCUUCCUUUCAAGAAUUUUGCCUUGAUAGGAGCAUGAUUAGGCAUUUGUAGUAUUAAAUUGAGGAAGACCAAUUAAAAAUAACUUUGAUCUAUGAAUUUGUUUAGUUUUGAGAAAUUUACAGAUUGAGGUCGGAAAUUUGUUCAUAAUUUUUCACCAUGUGUGUCAGCCUUUGUACUAUUGGAGUUACUGUGGAGCAAUAAGGAACACUUGUAGACAUUGUGUUAGUGAAAGAGCUGGGGUUUGGCAAACAUAUCAUUACUUUUAAUUUUCAGAGGGGUAUUUUUCAUUGUUUUUGCUUCUUGUGCACUCCUUAGAAGUAUAGAUAACAUUAUGUAGGUUUUAAUUGCUGUUGUGUGUACGAAGUCAGAUGGAGAGGGGAAAAAAAUACGAAGGAUGAGAAUUGGCUUUUUAGUUGAUUUGCUGGUCUUUGAAUAGUUGUUGUAAUCCAUGGUUAAAUGUUUCAUAUCCAUUGUCCUUUUUCACAUGUUUUCUUGGCCAUGAUAACACUUUUUAACAUGAUAAAAAAGAACAUGUUGACACUUUCCUUUUUUUAUUUUUUUUUAGGGGGGUUCUCAAAACAAGUUUAAAAAGGCUUCCUGGCUUUUGAUUACUGAAACAAAUCCUUUUCACUUUGCAAUUCCAUUAAAACGAGGCAUUAUUAAACAAAUUGAGGAAUGUGAAAAAGUAUUUUUGUUUUUAUGCAUUAACUUGUCCAAAUCAUAGUACAUGUAGGCCAAUAUUAUGUCAUUUUCAUUGAAAGUCCAGGAGGUUUAUUAAUAAAAAUAAUGUGUUCAUGAUAAAUAAUGCAAUGGAAUACCUAAUUAAAACAGGCAUGUAAUUAUCACCUUUUCUUCCUGUAUGCAUUGGUUGGAAUACUUUAAUUUAGUUAGGAGAUCAGAGGGGGUCCAUAGAUUUGCAAACCCUUUUUAUGUGUAGAAUAUUUACUUGUAAAUAUUACAACAAGAGGAAAACCCCAUUUUUGUGUCCCAAUUUUAUAUAUAACAUGUGUAAAGUUUCUCUUUACUUUAAAGAAAAUUUUUAUAUGAAAACAUGCAAAACCAUACUCAGCACAUGAUAGUUUAGCGUUCUGAAUGUCUUUACGUUACAUUUCUGAAGGUCAUUACUCGCAAGUAACAAACAUUAGAAUAGAUAUACCAGAGGUUUGUUUGUGUAUGUGAGGUACUUAAUAAUGGAGCAUUAACUGUGUUGAAAUCAUCCAAGGGUGAUGACAAGACAACAGGGAAAUUAGAUUCUUCUAAAAUGCACUUUAUUUUUUGAUGAUCGCAGUCUGAAAUUAAGUGCAGAUUCCCUUUUUAACCUGAAUCUCUCAGUUCAGAGAAAUGAAGUAAUCCUCAUCUGAAUCUUAAAAAUGUUGGUUGAAUGUGAAUGUUAUUUGAAAGUGAGCAUGUUUUUUUUAGUUGUUUUUUUAUUUUAUUUUUUUCAUUUAUUUAUUUAUAUGUGGAGGGGCACAGGUGGAGGUGGGAACAAUCAGCUUAGUGACCACUUUCCACCUCCACCUAGUAGUGCCCUCAACCACAUGGGUUUCCACUGCAGUUGAGAUGGUGGCAUAACAAUGAAAGCAUUAUCAUUUUCUUUGACUAAACGUGUGGCACAUGCAUUACUCUUGAUUGGUGAGUAUUAGAGUUGCAAGUUUUCUUUAGGUUACAGAUGUUGUGAUGUAAAUGACCUUGAAUUGUAGCGUGAAAGGGCUUCCUUUUUUCCUCUCUUGAUUAAUGAGAUACAGAUGUGGCAUUUAAAUGGUAGGCGUCCCACACAGCUAACUUCUUUGUAUUAGGACCCUCUUUGAUUUGAUUUGUAACAUUCCUAUAAAAAAAGAAAAAAAUUGGGAAGACAUGGAUUGCAUAAUUUAUUUAUACACUGCUCAUUUACUUUACUCUGUGUGUGUGUGCCGAGAAAUGAGCAACUGCGCAAGUAUCCUCAACUCCGAUCUCAAACAAGGAUUAAUGAUGGUGCUUAUAUGGAUCACUGAGAAUCUGAAGACAAGAUCAUUUACAGUACCUUGAUAGCAUGGCCUGAUCUGAUUAUUAUUAAAUUAGUUAUCACUUCUAAAGAUGGAAAAUUCAGAAUGUAAGAGCUAGCUUGUGUAUGAAGUCUUAGAGUUGCAGCCCCCCUUGUCCCUAGUACUAUCCAGGUAUUUGUUCACAGGAUCCCUAGUAUGUGCACAUCUUGAAUAGACUGUUGCAGAGUUGGAAGGGCUUUCUGUGAAGGAAAACUGCUCAAGGUAUUGUAACAGCGAACAAAAGCUGUCAGUCCAGCCAAUAAGUAGCACCAUCAUGAUUUCAGGUUUGGUCCUCGGUUGAGAAGUGCAUUAGCAACAUGUCCUGUGCCCCUGCGCUCACAUAUCCUGCCACUAUUGUACCAUAUCGCAGCCAAAUGAUAUCACAUAGAGUAGGGAAAAGUUUAUUUGAUUUUCCCCAGUUAUUUUGUUUUAAGUACCUACAGCUAAGCACCUCAUAUUUAGAGAUUGUAUUUUGAUUUUGGUCCACGGUGUGUUAAUAAUAAAAGGAGAAAAAAAAACGAAAAAGAAGAAUUAUAUUGUUUGAGGUUGUAAGCCCCAAUUAUAUUGUUAUUCAUAGCUUAAACUUGUAAAGCUGGAUUUUUCCAGGAGAAAUUAUUUAUUAAAAAAAAAUGUUUCGAAGUUUGUUCUCAAUAUUGGAAUAGUGUAAUUACCUUGUGGGCAGUUAAUAUGGACUUGGAUGUACAAAUUAUACCCCCUUACCAUUACUCAGCUAAGGGAAGGGGUAAGUCACUGAGUGAACUUGUGAAUGUGGUUGCUUACUCUUUAUGAUGAAUAUGUUGUACUUACUCUAUUUACUUCAGAUCUUAUGAGAGGAGAAAAUCAGUACAAACUGAGAAUUGAAGGUGUACUAUUUAGAUUGUAAUUGACCCUUGCAGAAUGUGGAGGUAAGAUGCACUAUCAUAUGGAACGAAUCUAUUGUACCCAUUACAAUUUAAUUUAUUUGUCGCAUAAGGCACAAGACUUUUAUCUUGUAAGACUUUUCUUUAAGAGUAUUGGCUGCAUGCAAAAAAAGAAAAGAAAAAGAAAAAAGAAAUUGAGUUGUUCAGUACACACAUAACCCCAUUAGUUCUUGUGGUUGUGGGGGUUAAGGAUGUAGUUUUGUGAUAUUUUCGUUUGUUUUUGUCUUCCUUAUGAUUUAGAUGUUAAUCUGAAAAUUCAUUUUUGUGGGGAAUGAGGGGAUCAUUAAAACAAGAUAGAUACACUCCCGAGUUAUUAUUAUCUCUUUAUUUUCUUAUUUUUAUUCUUAAAAAAAGAAAAAGAAAAAAAGAAUUGGCAUUUUUUCCCCCCAAUGUUGAUACGAUCUCUCUCCCCCCCCCCCCCUCUCUCCUCAUCCCCAAUCCCCCCUUCUCCUUUAUAGUGAGGAUGUAUUGCUGGUUUAGGGUUUUCAUGAAUCUUCUCGUCGUAACCACAGGCGAAGGCCAAGAGGGGGGCGUGGCCGCAGGACCUCCCUCCUGGGGCCCCCCCCACCUCCCCUUCUCCUCCCCCCCCCCUCUCGUCAACAAACUCCCUUACACGCCAUAUCCUGUUAUUAAUAUUCCACCAGGAAAGUAAAACGAUAACCAUAUCUUAGUAAACGACAUAUAUCAUUCCAGAUAAUAUAUAUAUAUAUAUUUAAUCUAUAUAUUUUCCAAAAUGUUGUAUCAUCCCCCCCCCCCUCCCUCCCUCCAGUUUCUCUUUCUCCCUUUCUCCCUUUCUCCCUUUCUCACUCCCCUCUUUCGCCUGAUCUCUCACGGCCCGUUUUUUUUUAAUUUGUUAUUUAAUUCCUUAGCAUAUCAUGUUGAAUAACAUUACUUAGGAUCAUGUUUCUCACAUAUCAGCUGAUUUAUAUUUGAGGUUUUACAAAAGAAGAAAAAUUAUAAUGCUUGUCUGAUAAUCCGUCAAGAGUUGUUUUUUUUGACUCGAACAUGCAAGUUGGGCACAGGAUAUGUUUGUUUUGAAGGGAUCGAAAAAAUAAAGUUGUUCAUUAAAA